CUCAAGCAGCGUGAUGCCAAGAUCUACUGGGGUACCGCCACAACUGGCAAGCCUCAUUUGGCCUACUUUGUGCCCAUGUCCAAGAUCUCCGACUUUCUGCGCGCUGGCUGCGAGGUGACCAUUCUUUUGGCUGAUCUGCACGCCUACCUGGACAACAUGAAGGCUCCCUGGGAGCUUCUCAAGCUGCGUGUCGAGUACUACAAGGAGGUCGUCACGGCCAUGCUCGAGUCCAUUGGUGUGCCUGUGGACAAGCUCAAGUUUGUCAUUGGUACCUCUUACCAGCUUUCCGAGAAGUACACGCUGGAUGGCAUGAAGCUGUUCACCAUGUGCUCCCAGCACGAUGCCGUCAAGGCCGGCGCCGAGGUCGUCAAGCAGAGCGCCAGCCCUCCGCUCAGUGGCCUCAUCUACCCCGUCUACCAGUGGCUGGAUGAAGAGUACCUCGGCUGCGAUGCCCAGUUUGGCGGUGUUGACCAACGCAAGAUCUUCAUGUCUGCCGAAAAGUACCUGCCCAAGCUUGGCUACAAGGAGCGCUGCCAUCUCAUGAACGUGAUGGUCCCGGGCCUGACCGGUGACAAGAUGAGCUCAUCGGAUAUCGACUCCAAGAUUGAUCUCCUCGACCCGCCAAAUGCCGUCAAGAAGAAAAUCCGCAAGGUCUUUUGCGAGCCCGGCAACGUGGAGAAGAACCCCCUGCUUGAGUGGGUUGAGAAGGUCAUCUUUGUCAUCUACGGCCAGUUUGACUUGCUGCGCAAGGAUCAGGACACAGUCGUGUACACGGACAUGACCAAGCUGCGCGCUGAUUUUGCCGCGGAGAACGUGCAUCCUGGAGACUUGAAGGACAGCGUCAUUGCCGUGCUGAACCGCCUGUUGGACCCCAUCCGCAAGCGUUUCGAGGAGCCUCGUCUCAAGAAGCUUACGGCCGAAGCCUAUCCUCCCCCGCCCAAGGCCGCCAAGGAGCCCAAGCAAAAGGGUGGUGCUGCCCCAGCGGCUGCUGGCCCCGAAAAUACGGCCAUGGACCCCAGCCGCCUGGACAUCCGCAUUGGCAAGAUUGUCUCCGUGGAGCGUCAUCCCGAUGCCGAGAAACUCUUUGUUGAAAAGGUGGAUCUGGGUGAGGCAUCUGGCCCCCGCACCAUCAUCAGUGGCCUCGUGGGCCGUGUUGAACAGUCAGAGCUUGAGGGCCGCAUGGUUGUUGCCCUCUGCAAUCUGAAGCCCUCCAAGAUGCGCGGUAUCAUGAGCGAGGGCAUGUUGCUUUGUGCCAGCACACCCGAUGCCGUUGAGCCCCUGUCGCCGCCCGAGGGCGCCGCCAUCGGCGACCGCGUCACCUGCGUCGGUGCCAGCGAUGGCGCACCUGAUGCACAGCUCAAGAGCAAGCAGAAGGUUUGGGAAACCUUGCAGCCGGACAUGAAGACGAGUGAUGCCUGCGUGGCCGCCUGGAAGGGCCAGGCCUUUGAGGUCAAGGGCAAGGGCAACGUUACCACCAAAUCACUCAAGAGCGUUGAGAUCAAGUAA